CGCCUUCUCUUCUUGGACUCCUGUGCGACAACACUCUAAAGACUGGGCAAACAUGACAUAGCGUGAGAGGACGACGACGAGUUUAGAGCACGCGUGGUGGUUGAGAUAGUCGAUCGAAUCUCAUAUUCAGUGUCAGAGUGGAGGGUUCAUUAUAUAAUCCGAUUGUACAUUUGUCUUCUAGAUGUAACUUUUAUCGCUUCCAUUCACUCAGCCACUCGCUCGCACUCUUUCUCACGGUACCUCUUUCUGAUUCAUUCUGAUACAACCAAUACAGGCUGCACCCGAUCAGCCUGCGCAUCUGCCUUGGAUGCCGUUGCGCGACUUCCACAACCACUGUUCGCGCCCAACACUGGCAGCACUUUCCUCCACACAUAAUCUCACUCGAUAACGAUAACGACACCUUCCUCGGCCCAAAAACGCAAACAUUAGCGACCGAUAAACGGAAGGAACGACCCUCGACAUGGCUUCCGCAGGUUUUGGGUCCGCUACGGCCUCACCCUCGCACUCAACAAAUGCACACGCAAAUCUUCGAUCAGAAGCGAGUUCUCUUGCGCGACAAGUCAACCGCUUGUUAAAUCGUCAACUCUCUUCUGUGUGUCAGGUUAACGGAGUCAAAAGCACUGGCAUCAAGGCUGAGCUACAGCGUCGCAUACAUAAUCUCAUCCAAGAAGCCGUCAACGCCAACGAUCCCGUGCGCCUGCAGCAGAUUCGUCAGAGUGUGCACAAUUCGAUCUCGAGCUCUCAGACCGGAUCUUCGCCCUCUCGAUCGAACUUCCCGAUUUCACAUGGUCAUGCUUCCUCAACACCUUUCGGGUUGCACAGCAUGUCGUUCCCUAGCACCCACAGCAGCCUGUCUAAUGGUCAGCGCUCUGUGGUUAACUUCAGCUCGUCAGUGACACUCACCUUCAAACCGAGCCCGUUUUAUCAGAUCGAGGCGGUUGCUGGUGAUAUAAAGACCUGCGAUGUCAUGUCGCAGCACCGUAACACGAUAACCUAUCCCAUCAGACUAGACGAUCAUCCUGCUUUACACAAGUGCGUUAACGACCCUUCGUACCGAGUGAUGGUCUUUUGCGCCGGAGAUACUUCAGGAAUGCAAGAUGUCGCAUUUCCUCACCAGUCAGAACUCAAGGUCAACGGCGGAGAGGUCAAGGCCAAUUUGCGCGGCUUGAAGAACAAACCUGGAUCUACUAGACCGGUUGACAUCACAAAAGCGCUUCGUCUUCGCCCGAAAUACACCAACAACGUUGAGUUCACAUAUGCGCUGACAUCCAAGAAUUUCUACCUUGUGAUACAUGUUUGCAAGAUAACAUCUGUCGAACAGCUUGCGGAGCGCAUUGCCAAUGGCAAGAAGAUAUCGAUUGAUUCUGUAAAGCAAGAACUCAACGCCAAAGCACAAGAUCCGGAUGUGGUAGCAACUUCACAGGUGCUAUCUCUCAAAUGCCCAUUGUCAUACAUGCGAUUAGCACUCCCUUGUCGUGGGUUGAGCUGCACACACUUGCAAUGCUUUGAUGCCACUUCUUAUCUUCAGCUGCAAGAACAAGGCCCUCAAUGGCAAUGUCCCAUUUGCAACAAGUCCGCAACUUUUGAGCAGUUGGCUGUCGAUGCAUAUGUCAAAGACAUCCUUGAAAAGACCCCAAAGAGUCAGGAAACUGUGACCAUCGAGCCCAAUGGUGAAUGGCAUCUCAAGAGCAUUGACGACAGCAGUCAAGGGCACACAAAUGGCAACUCAUCGUACGCAAAUGCCUUUGAUGAUGACGAUGACGAUCUAGUAAUAUCAGAGGUCAAUUCUAUUGGCCACCGUCGUUUAGAGACGCCCAAAAUCUCUACACCGACCAUUAGUACGCCAGUAACAGCAGGUCGCGAUGUGUCGUCUUCUGCUGGACCGAGGGGCAUAGCAUCUACCAGCGCGAAGCGCCCAAUGGCCGCUGUCAUCGACCUAACGCUAUCUGACGAUGAUGAUGAUCUGCCUCCGCCCCCCAAAAGGCAAAACACCUCGAUGAACGGAUACUCAGGCAACCUACCUAGCAACUCUCCAAUCUCGCCAGGUGAUCUCGGGUAUCUUUAGGGGGAUGCUCGUCCUCAGGGACGCAAGAAACAUAAACGGAAUCGUAAGACUCUUUAAAAAGAGUCUAUGGUGGCAGUGAAAUGUGCCCUAGGGGGGCAGGCUAUAUAACUGCUUGGUACUAGGGGUGUUGGUUGAUGACUUUUACUUUGGCAUGUUCUGAUCCGGCGUUGGAGGAGACGGAAAAUGAUUCCCCUGCUAAUUACCGGCAUUGCUAUCACGGUUGUUUUUCGCGAGGUGUAAGGGAGUAUAUAAAAGAAAGGGGAUCAGUCGUUCAGGGGGUACUUACUUUACGAGAUAGGGUCCAGUCUCAAACAUAACAGGAUGCAAUAGAAAGACAAGUAACCUCUUCCA